GAGAAAUGGGAGCCGUACUACCGUUCUCGAAACCUGAGUUUUUGGAUGAACAAACUUCACUUGACAAAUCCUCUCCGGUUUCCUGCUCCCGAUACUCAACUACCCUGAUUGCACUCUGUAUACGUGGAGACGUGAUUCUCCAAGAUCGUGAUUCUCCCGAGACGGGUGCAAAGUUUACCUGCUAACUUAAUAAUAUCUUUUGCGUAUCAACGUCCUUCCGCUUUGUUUUCAUCUCGAAGCGUCAAGGUACUCCCAUUCUUACCCAUUUUUCUGUGUUGGGAAACCGUCUUGCCAUUUGGAGGUUGCAACGCUUCAACAACAUCUUCAAGUACUCGAUUCAGAAAGUGGGUAGUUGCGCUUUAGUCAAGGAUUGAGGAUCUCGAGAACACAGGUGACUGAACUGCUUACCAUCGAAAGGCAAAACCAUCAAGACUGUCAUCGGAGCCAUAGGAUCAUAACUAACAUCUAAAGAGGUGGAUAAUACCGUGAUAUGUCGAAUACAUCUGACAGAUUGAGUUGUCUGACAUUGAAGGGUGAAGAAGAAAUAAAACCAAUGAUGGAGCUGGAGAAGCCAUACCCCACACAUCAAACACCACGACAUCCCCCUCGGCACCCACUACGGCACUCGGCACAAUCAGAAUAUACGCUAAACGUCCCAGACUCAGCUGAGAACUCCCCGACCCAAGAAAGUCACACUAUUCGCCCGCCAUUUCUCCGUGAUCACACUAACCGGCAGAGCGCAUGCUCAGAUAUCACGGAAGAAUUCCAAGGACCAGAAAAUGGAAGUGAUGGAGAAUGUUCGGUCGUUUAUGAUGAUUUGAUGGGCAACACAUCUGACCCUCUCCAUUCUAUUGAGAAAGUUUACCCUCGGCAAGGAAGGUCGAGAUACAUCACGGAAACUGGUAAUCCGUUCACGAUAUGGUCACUGCGAGGAUGGCUCAACUUAGGAGCUGUGACGUUCUUGUUUGUUUUACUCAUCGGCCUUUUUGCAUUGUUGCCCAUAUAUCAAUACGCCACUCGAACAGCUACAUCACUCGAUGACAAGACUCUUGAACUUUCGAGACAAAGCGGGCCUUUCGAAGUCUCACAGCUUCCCCAAAGGCUUCAAACGUAGUGACCUUUUUCAACCAGGCGUUGCUCCUCAUCCUCCCUAAAUUUUUUCAUGUCAGCUCUGAUUCCAAGGGGGCCGGGCGUGAAGACGAGUUUUUGACACCGCUUUGAUUUCUUCAGCCGACGGGAGCUCGAUAACUCAUCUCUCAUUUUGGAGCGUUCGCCUUCUUAAACCUCGAUUUGUUUUCAUUUUACCUUUAGACAUUCAGCUUUCUCCCAUUGCACUUCAACUUUCCUUCCUCUGCAUAUUCAGAAUAAAUCAUCGUUAGGAAAUGCUUGUAUUAUAUUGUAAUAUUCUCCAUCAUACUGUUACAUUUAUAAUUCAAUUUAUCCUUCAUGUUUCUCUUUCUUGCACUAUGUUGAUGUGAUUUUUACACUUCCUCAGCCUAGAUCUCUGGGGCAUCUGUUGCCAACAGAUGCCCCAGUGCAAGACCCCAACAGUGUUGGGGUCUUGGAAUUUGAGUUCAACAUAUUUUGAUUUUUUUGCUGGAAUUUGAAAGAAGAUCCCUAAU